UGUCUAAACAAGGAGUCUGGAGUCUAAGGAGGAGCGAAAGCAAAAUGGAAAUUGUUUUUACAUAGGUCAUGUCCUCGUUUUUCACGGAUUAACAAGGCAAAGUAAACAGAUGAGCAGUGAAGAUCUUGAAUAAAGCUUCUGAAGAAACAGUAACCAUCCAGUUCUAAACAGCUACACGUCAUGAAUCUGACAUUUUGUAUUCUCCUGGGUCUCACUGGUCUUGUCCCAGUUGCUGUGUCCAUUCUGGGAACCGUCCCUCACAAUUAUGAAUUAAUAAAAACACCGAUGACAUGGGCUGAUGCAAAGAAUUACUGCAGGGUAUGGUACACUGACCUGGCAGCAAUCCAGAGUGGUACUGAUUGGCUCAGACUGAAGAAAGAGGCGGUAAGCAAAGGUCUGGCAACAAAUGCCUGGGUCGGCUUGUACGCCGAUAUCAACGGCUGGCGCUGGUCCUUAAACAACCUACAGUAUGUUCCCUUUAGACAGUGGAACCCUGGAGAGCCUAAUAAUGGUGCUGGAAAAGAAUCAUGUGUCGCUAUGGGUAUAUAUAAUAAUUGGUGGGAUGCACCAUGUACACAACUGAGACCCAUCAUAUGCUACAAUGAUAAUUUGACUGGUUCUGCCAGGUUCAUUGCCAUUCCUAGACCUUACAUGACCUGGCCUGAAGCUCAGGCUUACUGUCGAACACAUUACACAGACUUGGCCAGCAUAUUUAACAGCUCAGACAACAACAUUGUAGGGAAAAUAAACCCGGGCGGUGCCUGGAUUGGACUAUAUAGAGAACCAUGGAGGUGGUCAGACAGGACCAGUGCUUUAAACCUUUCAUGGGCUGCUGGACAACCUGAUAAUUAUGGAGGAAUUGAGAACUGUGCAGUUGUUAAUAACAGACUGUUCAGUGAUGCACCCUGCAGCAACCAGUACUAUUUCUUCUGUCACACCAAUUUCCCCACGAGGAGUCAGACAGUGAGGCUGCAGGUGAAGUCUGAUGGGAGUGUGUUCGAUCCUGCUUUACAGGCGUUUAUUUUAGAGCAGAUGAAGCAGAAACUGGAGGAAAAUGGCAUGUUGGAGAACACCACCAUGAUCUGGAAGGUGCAGCCAGAUGGAAACAUCUUCAAUAAGAAAAAGAAGGAUCACCUGUAAUGUCUAAAUGCUCACUUUUAUAUUUAAGCUUAAGUCAGUAGUGAGAGUCGAAGAGCACGAUUAGCCUUAAAUAAAGGAAUUAAUGAAUAA